AUGAAUAUGAAGGGAACUGCGCUCUUAUUGAUCUCCCUGUGGGCUCUAUCAUGUUCUCAUCCUGUAGCCAGACACCAAAGAGCACAUCACAGAAGCUCAGAAGAGUCAUGGGCUACUGCAAGUGAAGAUUCUGUAGCAGAUUCUGUAGACACCAGUGAUCAAGAACCUGGGAGCAGGCUUGACAUAAGCCUGGAAAGCAGAGAAGACUCUGCUGGUAAUGAACACAAAACCACUAGCCACGAGAGCAGUGAAGGAAAGAGAAAAGCUUCCAGUGACAGCUUGGAAAACUUUGUGGAAGAUGUCAGCGAAUGGAGCACUCAGGACAAUGACGAGGGUGGCUAUUUCAGGAUCCACCAGGCAGUGCACAGGAAAUGGGUAGAAAGCAAGGAUUCUCGGCAUGGCAUGGAAGACAUGGAUGAGGAUGGUUCCGAUGACCAUUCUUCCGACAGAAUUUCUGUGGAAGAUGAAAAUGAGAUUCAGGGCUCUGACCAAGAAGAGUUCCCUUACAGUGAUAUCCGAAAUUCCGAAGAACGACAUGAUGGUGAAAACGACGGAAUGCUCUAUAUUCCUGACCAAGUAUCAUAUACAUUCACUGGAAAAGGAGGGAGUGAUCUGAUAAAUGAUGAAGAUGUCAGUGGCGACGGUUCUUUGGAUGGAAAUAAUGAUGAAGGCACUUACGGGAAAGGUGCUGGGCCCACUGUACCCCCAAACAAAGGGGACGAGCAGCAUCAUUCAGAGGGAGAUGGUGACAACACUGUUGGUCGACACCACGAUGAUAGCAGCAGCAGUAGCAGCAGCAGCAGUGAGAGCAGAAGUCUUGAUCUAGAGGAUAAUCGCAUUAUUCAUUAUAGCACAGGGCAUGGAGUUGAGAGUUACAGCAGUAGCCAAGAGGACAGGUACGAUUUUGAUGAUGAAGGAAUGCAAGGUGAUGACCCCCAAGUCUUUAAGAGUGAUGACAGUGACUCUAGCAUGCUUCAAGGAGAUGUCGUCUCAAAAGAAAGCAGCCAGGAAAUUGGCACAGUGAAAGGCAAAGGCAAACAUCACAGCAAAUCCAUGGAACAUUUUGCCAGGGAAGUGUACCACUAUGUGGACGGUGACUCCGAGGAGGAUCACAGUCCUGAGCAUGACGAGAGCACAUACCUGCAAGAGGAUGAUGCCGACUCUAAAGAGGACAGCCGAUCCCUAGAAGAUGUCGGUCAAUCAACAGAAAAUGUCCCUGGUAGAUCCAGGGAACAUGCAGCUAGCCAUUCCAGAGAAGCUGUAGAGAGCUCAUCUAGAAGGCGCAGUCAAAGCCAGUCUAUAGAGAACAUCAACAGUCGAUCCAGGGAAGAUGUCCAUAGUCGGUCCAGGGAAGACAAGCAUAGCAGAUCCAGGGAAGACAAGCACAGCCAGUCCAAGGAAGAUGUGCACAGCCAGUCCAGGGAAGGCAAGCACAGCAGAUCCAGGGAAGACAAGCACAGCCAGUCCAGGGAAGAUGUGCGUAGUCGGUCCAGGGAAGAUAAGCAUAGCAGAUCCAGGGAAGAUAUGCACAGUCAGUCCAGGGAAGAUGUGCACAUUCAGUCCAGGGAAGAUGUGCACAGCCGGUCUAGAGAACGCAUAGCUAGUCAGUCUAGAGAAGAUGAGAACAGCCAAUCUAAAGAGGAUGAUGAUACAGUAUCUGUGGAAGACAUAAAAAGUGAAUCCUCUGAAAAUAGCAGGGAGUCCCAAGAAAAACCUGUGAAAAAGUAUAAAGAGAGAACCAAUAAAUCAGAGAAAGACAGUGCCAGCAAAUCUAAAGAACGUGAGAGUUCUUCUACUGAAAAGGCAGAAAAUGUGUCACCAAGGAGCAGUGAAUCCAGACAGGUUAAACGGCACCACAGCAGGUCAAGUGAAAUGAGUUCAUCCACAGAGGAGAGUGAAGAAUCAAACGAAGACACCGAUGAAUCCGUCCACGAUGACAGCAGAUUGUCUCAAAGCGAAUCAUCCGAGAGCGAUAAAGUUUCCCAAGAAAGUACUGGUAGUGAAGACAGCAAUGAAAGUGAUUCAAGUGACUUGAAAUCUGGAGAAGGGCAACAUCAGCACAGCCGAUCAGCGGAUACCAGUGAAUCCAAAGAGGGAAACAGCCACUCUGUAGAAAGGGACAGCAAAUCCAGGGAGGACACACUGAGCAGGUCUGACAGUGUAGAAGAUGAUAGUUGGUCGAGAAGCAAUGAGCUUGAAAGCCGCAAGUUAAUGCUUGACAUUUACCAUAACAAACCUUAUAGAGAUUAUGAAGAUAAUGACUGUCAGGAUGGAUAUUAAAUGCAUUUUGAAAGGCAAAUUUAAUAACGUUUGGGAGAUGGGAAGUGGUCUUUUAAUUUAUUUUAUCAUUUUGGCAAUGUGCAUAUUGACUGCUGGGAAGUAGCAUUGCCACCAAAUUGCAUGUAAAACAAAAAUGGGGUGGAUUGGGACAUUCCUGCAUGGCCAAAAUAUACCUGUUUGAGGGAGGAGGACAGAGUUCUAAGGCGACUAGAAGAACGAGAUGACUUAGAUCCCAUGGGAAGUCCCUGUUGAUAGGAGGGAUUUCCCUCAGCAGAACAGGAUUUUCACACCACCUCAUUCCCCAUUGCAGCCCAAAUUAACCCCCCAAAUGUUACUCCUAGGGACAGGGAGGUCUCACGAACAGCAUGAAGGUGGGCUUGGCGAUCUGCAGCAGGAAGGGGAUAUCAGCAAAAAUUGCCCCGCUUCCAUGAGUGGAAAUCCUCUGCAGGUUCUAGCUCAUUUAAAGAGUUUCAUAGUACUUUUAUUUGCUACUGACUGAGGUAAAAUUAGCUGGUGCAAAAUUUGAGGCAAAAUUGGGCUGUUCCUUCCCCAGUAAAAAUCCAAGGAAUUUUCAGGGAGACUGAAAGAGUACUGAUGAGUUUGGGUGAACUUUACCAGGAGUGGCAUGUGUUUUGUAUAAACCCCGCAGGAAACAAUAUACCAUUAGCAACAGGAAAAAAAUUGUGGAACAAGUGGAUUACCACUCUGGUCACUGACGUCUGUUCCAUUUGCAAACAACUUCCAAAAACUUAAAACACUUAAGGGAAUGUCUUCCCCUCUACAAAACUCACUAGCUUUGAUGAGUCCUUGAUUCAAGAAAUUAAGUUAGUAGAGAUUUUCCAGUCAUUGGUCCACAACUGUAGAAUUCCAUGCAUUAAUAUUUCUCUGUAUUAGCGGGCUGGGUCAUGUAGACGUCUAUUGAACAGUACCUGUGACAUCGCUACCAAAAAGACAAACAUAUUCUUCCUCCCUUUCCCCCCUUUCUGAGCAAUUUUUGCAUUUGCAGAAGGAUUGUUUUCCAUUCUUUAAAAAUAAGUUCUUUUCAGGAUAAAUGCAUCGUUGCUCUAAAGUACAAUCGCUCCUUCAGUCUUUUAGAAGAGGCAAAUUGCACACGAGGCUCUCUCCUUCCCCGACAUGAAUGCUCCAUCUGUAUAGAAUCUUGCUUGGCUAGAUGUGCCCUUUCAUGUAUGCUUUCACAUACAUCAUCCAUUUUUAAAGGGAACAGAUGGUGCAAAUUUUCCCCUGUAGUAAAGCUUUCUCCCGUACUAUGUGACUCCUCUCCCGUCCUUUUUAACCUGGAUAAUGGUUGCAAUACACAUGAAAGAUUGGUCCUUGAGUCAUGGGAAUAGCUUCUGCAGCUUCCAAAAUAUUAGCACCUGGGCACACACUAGGGCAGAUGAGGUUUCCUGAUAUUGAGUGAUUCCGCACACUUUGGAUAAUGCACUUCCAAUCCUCUUUAUAGAUCAUUUGGAAUGGAUUUUUUAAUGUGCGGAACAAAAAAUCCAUCUCAAACGAUUGAUAAAGUGCAUUGAAAGUGCAUUAUUCAACGUGUGCGGAAUCAGCCAUAUAGUAAGCAGUUACUUUAAGGUAAUGUGUGAGAAUCCAGACCAAUCUACUCACUGCAACUGCUGUAUGCAGAGAGCAAAAGAAAGAAGUUGCCACAUUUCAGUCGCAUUUGAACCUUAGCUGGUUUUGCAGUCUUGGAGGUAUUAACAUGGGAGGUAUUGUAAUAUUUUGUAACAAAUGUAUAGUUGUAUUUUGGAAAUAUUGUGGGAGGUUUUGUACCCUCUCUUUUAUAAAAAAAGAGAUCUUAAGUUAAAA